GUCUUAAAGAAUCAAUUCUCACAUUCUCUCUCUUCUUUCUCUCUCAUCUCCACUUCGCUCUUUCUCAUUUCCACCAUUUUCUUGGCAUCUCCAGUUUUUACCUACUGCAAAACCCACUAACAUUUCUAUAUUCACCUUAUCCUUCCCAGAUUCCUUUUUGUCUUUUUGGUUAAACUAUUCUCUUAUUUUUUAAUCAGAAAAUACGUGUUUGCAAGUAUGUAUAGAGUUCUUGAACAACUUUUCCUUCCAAAAAGAAGCAUUUUGGGUGAUAAUUGAUUUUACCGGAUCUGCGAUUACUUUUUGCAUUGUAUAAUUGAUGAAGAGGUAAUUGUUGUUAGGAAUUUAAGUAUGGAUUCUGUAAUUGGUGGUAAGUAUAAGCUGGGUCGGAAGAUCGGCAGUGGAUCUUUUGGGGAGCUUUAUUUAGGUGUGAAUAUACAAAGUGGAGAAGAAGUUGCUGUCAAGCUGUUAAGACGAAGCACCCUCAGCUUCAUUAUGAAUCAAAGCUGUAUAUGCUUCUACAAGGAGGAACGGGAAUUCCCCACCUCAAAUGGUUUGGAGUUGAAGGUGAAUACAGUGCCAUGGUUAUUGAUCUUCUUGGGCCAAGUUUGGAAGACUUGUUUAACUAUUGCAAUAGGAAGUUCACAUUGAAAACAGUCCUAAUGCUGGCAGAUCAGUUGAUUAAUAGGGUUGAAUAUAUGCAUUCAAGAGGAUUUCUUCACCGUGAUAUUAAGCCUGAUAACUUCUUAAUGGGUUUAGGGCGUAAAGCUAAUCAGGUAUAUGCCAUUGACUAUGGUCUUGCCAAGAAGUAUAGAGAUCUUCAUACACAUAAGCACAUACCCUACAGGGAAAACAAAAAUCUCACAGGCACAGCUCGUUAUGCAAGUGUUAACACCCAUCUUGGAGUUGAACAAAGCAGAAGAGAUGAUCUAGAGUCUCUUGGCUACGUGCUUAUGUAUUUUCUGAGGGGAAGUCUUCCAUGGCAAGGUCUGAGAGCUGGCACCAAAAAGCAGAAAUAUGACAAAAUCAGCGAGAAGAAGAUGCUUACACCGAUAGAGGUACUUUGCAAAUCCUAUCAAUCAGAAUUCACAUCAUAUUUUCAUUACUGCCGAUCUUUGCGGUUUGAUGACAAACCAGAUUACUCGUACCUGAAGAGGCUUUUCCGUGACCUUUUCAUUAGAGAAGGUUAUCAAUUUGACUUUGUGUUUGACUGGACGACAUUGAAGUAUCCACAAAUUAGCUCCACUUCAAGAGGACGGCAACCAAUUGGGAGAUUGCCUUUGAACCCAGGACCAUCUAUUGAAAGAGCGGAGAAGCCCCCAGUGGGGCAGGAAAUUAAAGAUAAGUUUUCUGGUGCUGCGGAGGCAUUUGCUCGAAAGAAUGUGUCUGGAACUGGUUUUACGGGGGACCGUUUGAGACAUAGAUCUUCAGAGCAUCUAUCAUCCUCCAGAGAUGUGCAAGCUGAUUCUGAAAGAGGUCGUGUGUCUCGCACCGACAGCACAUCGAGGAGGGCUGUAAUGUCAAGCAGCCGACCAAGCUCCUCUGGUGAACGCACUGAGAAUCGUGCUGGUCGGUUGGGUUCGAGUAGCGGCCGACUGUCCACUUCGCAAAAAAAUCAACCUGGAUUUGAAGCCAAAUCAUCGUCUGUUACUCGUGCUACUGUUGCAAAAGAGAGCAGGGACCAUGCCCUGAGGAGCUUUGAGCUGCUGACUAUUGGCACAGGGAGAAGGAAAUAAGACUGAUGUUUUAAAAAUCUGCCCCAUCAAGGUAGCAAACUUCCAAAAUGGCAUUUUAAGCAUUCUUAUCAUCGGCAUUUGUCCCCAGCUAAUGUGAAAUUCUCAUAACUGGUUUCACCUAAUAUAGGAACGCCAAAUUGGCGCUCUUGAUUAUGUUCUUCCCAGCUUCCUUGUGCCUAGCCAAACAACCAGAGAAGGUUUUUUGUGCUUGUUUAUUUGAGACCCGUUGGAGUCAAUAUACUCCAUGUCUGUAUACAUUGCUCCAUGCAGCUAGUUCGUGCUUGUGCAGAUAGUUCCAUUAUUUCAGGGAGCUGUGAGUUCAAGUAC